CACUCAUUCCGACUAUAAUCAGCACUCCGACAACUUAUCGAAAAUGACUACAAUGGUGAUUCUGCUGAUAAUCUACAUUUUCAUCGUGAUUCUCGGCUACUGGCGAGUGGACGGACGACGUGCACCGGAGAAACCGAGCUACUACGACUACGAUAAUGAAUCGGACAUGUUUGAAAAGAUGACGGACCAGGAAUAUGAGGCCCAGUCGAACUCGCACAAAGGCCAAAAUGUGGACCCCAUGGACGAGGUACUGGACACCAGUGACUUGGAUAUGCACCUAGAUUACCGCAUGUACAAGAAUAUGGCACGUUCACAGCGCAAGUUGCCACAAAAGUCUCCCGAUUCCUGGGCCAUGUUGGUCAAGGAGGGAGAGGAUGAAAUGCAGCUGGAGAAAGUGAAGCGAGGCGGCCACUUCGGUGCCGACUGCCAGAUGAUCGACGAGGGGGACGAGGAGCAGCACUGAAAUACACUUCGCAUUGACCACUUAAAAUCCAAUGUUUAUAUUUUUUAUUCAUGUUUCAUUCGUCGUUUACAGAAAUACACAGACAC